AUCUCAGUGCUCCAUAUUAUUCUCAGUGCUCCAUAUUUUAAUACAUACGUUUACUAGAGGGAACAACUAAAUCUCAAUAUUUUCAUUAAAAUUAAUUACUCCACUCGACAUUCUAAACAAUCACUCGCAAAUCUCUUACUAUUAAACCGAAUUAGUCGAUUGACACCUAUUGCUGUGCUCUGCAACAUCGUUUUAUGUUUUGUUUAUGUUGUGAUAAUGCUUGGCCUUGAUGGUUUUAAGUGAUACAAAAGUUUUACGAAUAUUAUGUGCUUUUCUAUUAGCCAGUUUCAUGCAAAACACCGAGAUACAUUAAGUCGACCCCUAUGUCGUCAGAUCAACAAUUGAAUGUGCACAUUUCCGGUGGUAAUGAUUUGUGUCACAGCGAGCAGAACAACGACAGUCAAUACCACGAAAAAUGUUCAGUGGACAACGUUAUCAAUGCCAGCGUAUUGGAAAAUAAGGCGGUUAUGAGUCGUAAUGACACAAAUGGAGGGAGUGGACAGAAUUUGGAAGCGAAUCCAAAUCAUGAACACUCUGCCAUCGCAGAGAAUGUAAAUGUUCCCAGUUAUUUAGAAGAGAUAGUGAGUGAAAGCGGAGUCGUUCAAUCACAUGAUAAGCUCCCACUUACAGACAACGGUAAAGUUGUGACUGACGAGCCGGACAAUGUUCUUUGUAAUUUAAAAAAUGGAUACGAGAACGCUCCCUCCUCUUUGAUAGACGAAGUCAUACCAAUUCCAGCAAAUGAAGAGAAAGUCCUUACCGCUGAUUCACAAGUUAGAAGUGAAGGAACACUACAAACCAACAAUUUAGAUCGACCAACGGAUCCGCAGGCCGAGAAUCCAAGUGACAAAAAUUUGAGUCUGUGCACAAAGAAAGAAGACGGACAUUCAUGUGUACAGCAGGAAAAUACCGAAUCAAUUGAUGACCUACCAGUUACUGAAUGCCAUACAAAUGAUCGACCUGUAGGAUUUACAAAUACACAUAACGCAGGUGACGAAGAAUUCGAAGAGAACGAUGUUGAUAAUGAUGAUGCAUCCAAUGACGAUGAUGACAAUUUUUCCAAUGAACACGACUCCAAUGAAGAAUGCAGUGACGUUGAGCACUCCGACCGUACGACCGAAGUGGAAAAUGAUGAAUACAUUUUGGACACAGUUUUGAGGAAGCCACGCAAAGAACGGCGACGAAUUGUUUCGGUGAAUGAUGACAGUGAUCCGGAAGUGGACAUGGAACGAGAACGACUGUUGGAAUCUCCAACAAUGGAUGAAAAUCAAUUGAGUGACAUUGAGGUUGAAGAAGACAUUGUGCAUCUGAUACAAAAUGAAAAGCCCGGACCGAAAUCUAAGAAAUUCAGCACCCAAAAGUUGAAGGAAUUGCAAGCACGGGAAUUACUUCGCAAUGCUGUCGUCAUUCCGUCGUCCAGUAAGAAGAAAAAGUGUCGAGUCAUUGAUAGUGAGGAUGAAGAAGAGCCUUUGCCAUAUAGUGUGGACGUCGACGAUAUCGGACUUCCAGACGCAGUGGAAGAUAACGAAAACGAGAACGAUGCACUGGCGGGCUGCAGCAUUUUACUGAAUGACUUAAAUGACUUCGACAAACCCGAUAUCUCAAUCGAAAACUUAAUGCAAAAUUGUUCUCCAGAUGUUAAUCACGUGAACGAAGAUACCAUAAAAUCAGAGGCUAAAGACGACAAUACACCGGUCGAGUCGCAAUGUAUCCCCGAUAUCAAAUGUGAAAGUUCAAGAGAAGUAAAAAACCAAUCAACAGAAGUUGUGACUACUCUGAAAGAGGAGGUGGUUGACGGGACAGAAAAUGAAACAGGAGCCUUGUGUGAUUCUGGGAACAGUACAGACAGUACCAAUCAGCAAAAUAAAGGAGAAAUCGAAAGUAACUCCGCGAAAAUAGAUUUCCCGCCAUUUUCUUCAUCAACAAGCAGCGACACUGAGGAUGAAUUUAUUCCAAACGAAGUUUACUUUGGAACGCCGGACCAUAAGAAGAAGAGAAGUUCGCGAGGAAAAAGCCAACGGGCUAGAGGCCGAGCAGCACAAUCUUCAACGCGAGAAGUGAAAACUGUCCAAAAUUUAUCGCGGCCAUCAAACAGAGGUCGUAUAGAUGGCCGGCCGUCGAGACGAGAAAAUUUCAUCGACAACCGGCGAAUUUCCUCCACAUCUGGAUCGGUUUCUGGGAUGUCGUCGGACUCCGAAGAUGAGCAUCGAGGUUCGAAGGCGCGUAGAAAACCCGCAACAAUAACCAUAGUCAAACAGUCUUCGCAGUUAUACCACAAAGCCAGCCUUCCAGUUCGACCCAUUCCGAGACAACAUCAGAUUCAACAAAUUAAACGACAAAACGAGCGGAAACGCGAUCGCUUUUACGACAAAUCACAAGAUAUUCCCAAUUCUGUUUAUUUCGGCGAUGUGGAUGUACCAUUACAUGUGCUGCAUUCGUAUGGCGACUCCGAUUCCGAUAAUGACAAACGGGAUACGAAAGUCGGCGCAUUGAAUCGAUUUGUAACGCAGGCACCCCGAGGACGUCCAAUGGCAUCACCCAAGCAAUCGGGACAGUUACACAGGAAUCAGCCGACGAUGAAACGAAUUUCGAAUAGUCAGAAGGCUCGUGCGCGACCGAAAGUCAAAGCUGACAGUUCGCUCAGUCCGAGCAAUGAUCGGUCAAUUCAAAUGAUGAAGACAUACUUAAAAGCAGCCGGACUGAAGAAAGUUAAACUGAAUCGAUUGUGGGAAGGUUGCAAAUCAAAUUCAGAGCGAGCCGAUAAAAUGUUGGAACUGUUACGUGAAAAGGGUUUGGAGGGUGAGCCGACGAUAUCGAAGUGCAAGCAACUGAAAGUCGAUUAUUUGACCAAAAAGGAAAUCGAAGAUUUGGAUCCGAAUUUAAUCAUUCAAACCGAAGGUCGCACUCGCCGUAGCACAAGAGCAGCAACUAAGCGUCAGUAUACUUACGACGAAGAAGAGAUACUGGAAACGAGAACCAAGCUACGAAAAGUUAUUGACAGUGACUCCGAUUUUGAAUGAAGCAAUGAGAUGUUAUCUAGUGAUACGUUGGAUAUUGAGGGUGUUUAAGUGUCGUAUAGUUGGUGAAUUUUGUGUUUUGUCACCAAGGGCAUUUCCAAGUUCUGUGAAUAGGAAGUCGAUGGAAUAUGUUGAGUGGUAUAAAAUACCGCGCGGAUCUCGGAACCGAGCUCCAGGAAUGAACUGGUGUUUGUAAGGUAAGGUAUAGAAGUGCUGCUUACCAUUCACAAAUCGUGGAACUUGUAUCGUUAAGCUGGUUUAUUUUCAACAAUUUAUACAGUACAAUGUUUGUGGAUCUAUUUUGAAGAAAUUAUAUUUCGGUUUUAU